GCUCUUCUAUAACAAUUGUUCUUAUAUGAUGGUUGUUGUGCGUACUCACUCUCUCGUCAAAGUCAGGGACUCUGUACCUUGUAGCAUACACCCAAAUAUGCCUGUGACAGUUCAAGAUGGUGCCGACAAGCUCCAUGUGCUAGUUACGGGUGGGGCAGGGUACAUUGGAUCUCAUACGGUCUUCGAACUAUUGCAGAGCGGAUACAAAGUCUCGGUUAUAGACAAUCUUAGUAAUUCUACUGAAGAAUCUCUCCGUCGCGUCUCCCAGCUCACCUCGUCCAAGAUUCAUUUCUACGAAGGAGACCUUUUGGACUCUGCAUUCCUCGAAUCUGUUUUUGCUCGACAACCUAUUUGGGCUGUGAUCCACUUUGCUGCUCUCAAAUCAGCUCCCGAGUCCGUGCACAAGCCCUUGGACUACUAUCGUGUGAAUGUCGCCGGCACUAUCAACUUGUUAACAACAAUGUCCCGCCACGGUGUCCAUCGGUUGGUCUUUUCCUCGACGGCGGCGGUAUACGGAACCCCAGAGAUGAACACCACGUUGAUUCCUGAGACCCACGCAACCUCUCCAGCUAAUCCUUAUGGAAGGUCAAAGCUAAUGGUCGAAAACAUCAUUCGCGACAUGUGUGAAGCACAUAAACCCUUGGCCGGGGUCAUUCUGCGAUAUUUCAACCCGGUGGGUGCACAUGAGAGUGGAAUGAUUGGCGAAGACCCUAAAGGCGGACCAGGGAACCUCAUGCCAUUCGUUCUACAAGUUAUGACGGGAGAACGAUCUCAUCUGGAAAUCACUGGAGUGGACUGGCCAACGUGUGAUGGCUCCGGUGUACGAGACUUUAUUCAUGUUGUCGACCUCGCUCGAGGACAUGUAGAAGCUCUCCGCCACGCCAAUGUUUUAUCAUGCGAAGGUGGCGCAUGGGAUAUAAUUAACAUGGGUACCGGAAGCGGUACAUCAGUCCUUCAAAUGGUCAAUGCGAUGGAAAAAAGCACGGGACUAUCGAUCCCUGUCCGGAGCGCGCCACGACGGGAUGGCGACGUUGCAGAAGUGGUUGCCGAUCCAGCUAGAGCACAUAAGGUGCUCGGAUGGAAAGCGAUCAAGAAUCUGGAGGACAUGUGCAGGGAUGCCUGGAACUGGCGACUGCAAAAUCCACAGGGAUACGACACCGCCCAAUCCUCUUCAGAGGAUCCAGGCAAGAGAUUGAUCAGGAGGAGCAGUAACAAGAACAAGAAUUUGCAUGCGUAGGUUUUUGUAUUUAAACUGAUAUUUUUUUGUACAUAGCCAUUAGUGGCAUCAUUUUUUUUAUAUAUAUAUAUCUCUGUUUACCCUAACAUCGAA